AUGGAAGGUGAACAAAUUAUGGAGUAUGUUCAAGAGACACCGAUCAUUCCAAAAAGGAUUAUCCAUUAUUCGAUUCCAAAACAAAUGAUCACAAAGCCCGCUCCCCAUGUCGAGAUGACGUUGGUAGCUAAUACUUUUCGGGACAUGGACUUGCCGCAGCAUCCGGUUAUCCAUGAUUGUUGGCAAAAUAAAGAGUACUCAACUCAAAGAUAUUCAGGAAAUGUGGCUCAACAGAGAUUAAGUUUUGAGGAACAUCCAAAUGAAGAGUGUCAAAAUUCUGUUGGGUUAAUCAAGAGAGUGAGUACUUUCUUUAAAAAGAGGCCAUUGUCUCGAAAGAAUAGCAUAAAGUCAAUCGGUGACGUAAAAUCGGAGGCACGUAACCGGGGAGAAGGCCUCCUGGGUGAAGUUGAUAAUCUUAACGAGCAGAAUGUCCGAGAAAACCUGACUAGUGAACAUGAAAAGAGUCCUGAAGGAGAUUCCAAAAGGUAUGGCCUGUUCUCCUUUGAAGAGACCCCCCCUAUACAAGUGUUGGAGCAGGGCAAUAUCAAUUCUGAGCUUUCUUCAUUUAAAAACACUUCUUUGGCGGAAAACAAACGCUCUUCUGACAGCUUCGUUUCGUUAAAACCGGGUGAAGAUGAACAUAGCCCUUUAGAGAUUAGUACGUGUGGUAAUUUGACUGAAAGAGAGGAUUUGCAAUCUGGCGAAGAACGGUUUGACUCAGCAGCCCAAAAUAUAAAGGUAGCUUCGAUGAAGGAAAAAAAAAAAAUCUUCAAAGGGAACAAAACAGAUUAA